AUGAUAAGGAAAACUUCCCUUAGUAAAUCAACCCUGAUCGCUUCUUGUCUUGCCUCCCGUCUCAGCCUCUUUUCCUCACCGUCCCUGUCUUCGAUUGGCAUGCCGGCAGCCUACCCAGCGUCAACGUCUCCCAUCUACAACCGUUUCACAACAACUUCCCCUGUGCCCAUUAUAAUGCCCCCAACCUACACCGCACAGGUUCACAUGCCCCUCCCAGCAUUCGCUCAUACGGAUCCUCGGUUCGCCGCCUAUGGAGGUGGCGGCUUUGGUGGUUUUGGGAUAGCAGGAGGAGGUGGUGCAGGUGAAUACCUACAUCAGCCGUCCGGGACACUGAGACCCCCGCCAAUUGCAAAUUACUGGCACCCAGGUAUGCCGCCACCGUUUGGCUAUGCAAGACAUAGCAGUCGGUGUUGCUUCUCGCGACAUUGCAGCCGAUCGGGGAGUUAUAGACAUCGUUCAAAAAGUAGUCGGCAUGUCAGCUUGCGGCAUCGCAAAAGCAGUCACGCUCACCAACACCACCGACGUCGUAGUGAAUCUGAGGGUCCUUCUCUUCGCAAAUCCCGUGACCGCCAGGAGAAGUUUAGAGACAACGGUCUUUAUCGUUAUAACUAUGAGGUGCCGUUCAGUGGGGACACGGGUGCGUUCUUGCUGUUGCUUCUGUGCCCGUGUGACUGUUCUGUCCGUUUUGCCCAUAACAUAUUGUGACCUCUCCGUGUAUCCCUACUUGCGGAUUCGCUAUUGUCUAACUACGUUAUUUUGUGUGUUCGUCUUAAAAGCAGUUUGCUCUGUUCUUCACUACACGACUUUAAUAACAGGACUUUGGGACCAAGGUGUACCUUUUAAAUUGUUCCAUCGUAACUAGAUAAUAAUAAUAUCUUACCACCAGAGGGUCACCUUUAUCUCUCAUAAUUCACUUAUUUCGGCAUUUGUUUAAUGCAUUUGCAGUUCACUCCUGUGUUUAUAAUUAGCUGUCAGUUUUGCCUCAUACCUGCGAUGGAGACACAAAUUAUAGCUUCUGUCCCUAACCAAAAAGUGCUCAUUUACCCAAAAUUAACGUUUAUGAAAAAAGUGGGGAAAAUAUAAUGUUCGCUUCAAAAACACCCAUGGUGCAUUUAUAAAACUGGGUGAUUCGUAGGUGUUUUUGGAAUAUUUAACAGAGGAGAGAUUACUCGGACUUACCUAAAUGACAUCGUCCGGAACUUCCUCGGACGCUUUAGGUUUGGCCAAAAUCAUUAUAUCGGGUUGGCCUUUCCUGGAAUAUAGUCAAUGUGGUUUGAUUCUCAAGUCGUUACUAAUAGUUAUCCUCUUAGUUUAGAGUGAUUCUACAUGAGAAUGCAAAGGAUGAACAGUUUUUUAUGGUGGAAUACAUAUCGUCACAAGCCUGCUCUGUAGUAGCAGUUUGCUUCUGAGACUUAGCCAGUUUUCAAUAAGCCAUGGAGUUUGUCCUACGGGAAUAAAUUCUGUUUCGUUGGAUGAUUUGAUGAUCUGGACAACUGGCGCCAGACUAACUUUCCUGAAAAUAAGCAUGCAUAUCGGACAACAUUUCUAACGACUAAGGUAAAUUAGGAGCAUAGUAGUUUGGCGGUGAUCUAACGCUGAUGUAAUGUUCAAUCCCUGAGACUAGUCUGAUCGAUAUAAAUUUGGCUAACGAUAGCGUCAUAUCAUGCAUGCCGACGAGGUUUUUCAAUAUCCUAACCUCUUUAACGGUCCACAGGAUGUAGUUUUCACCCUCGAAAUUCAUAGCUUUUGUGGUGCGCCUUGACUCAGUAUCAGGUGUAAUACGAGCUGACUGCGAGGUUUUAACUGGCAAAAUCAUUUUUGACUGUUUUUUUUUUAUAAAAUGAUUUCUAGCACGUCACCAUUUCAGACAGGCACCUUCCCCGCCUUGUGGUGAUAUGUAAUGCCUUUCAGCUUGCCUUCGUUUAGAACCGUCGUGCGGACUGAAACUUUCGCCCUGACUAAAUUCGCCUUGUAAAAUACACUUAGCAAGUGUCAUCCAACUGGUACGAUUACCUAAACAGUGAGAAAUAUGGCCACAUUUCGCUAUUGACAACAUACAUAUUCUUAGUACACUUUCGCUUAAGUGUGCAGGCUUCAUGAACUUCAGUGUCUGGACUGUUUUCCCGGGAUGGUUGCUCAGCUUCUGAAACGUCUUGACCUAUUUGCUGAGGCCGACAUAUUAAAAAAUGAAAAUGUUUUGUGGGGCUCGGAAACGCGAUCCUGCUUGGUCACUUUCGUACUAUUAUUGGUUGCAGUAGGUUUAGUGCUCCUGGUAAAUAUUUUCGAUUUGAGGUGCUUCGUUGACUGUUUCGGUUAUGAUUCAGGAUUACGCUUGCGGUUUCGCACUACACUAGGGUUAGGGUUCAGGUUAGAGUUAGUGCUUACAAUUAGGGUUGGUGUUUAGGAUUAGAGUGUGGAUCCAGGGUCAGGUUUUAGGGUUUAGGCUUAGGGUUAGGAUUAGAGUUUAGGGUCAGGGCUAGGAUUCAGCGUUCACGGCGUCAGGAUAUGGGGUUAAUUUUAGGAGCGAGGGUUUAGAGUCAGGAUUUAGAGUUGGGUUUAAGGUCAGAGUGACGAUUUAGGGUUUACGGGUCAGGAUUUGGGGUUACUUUUGGGAUUUAUGGUUAGAACUUCGGGGUAGGGUUUAAAAUUAGAAUUUGGGGCUAGGUCUAGUGUUAGCGUAAGAGUUAGGGUUUAGGUCACACUUCACCCACUUCUUAGGACUUUCAUCUAUGGCUUCUGCCUGUUUGGCCACCUUCUCGGGUGGUUCAGUUGGGACGACCUUGACAGGCCAAUCAGCACUAUUCUUAGUGGAGUAGGCUUUUAUUGGAUACUUACAGCGAAUUUUUGUAUCGCACACGGUUUGUGCUGAGACUUUAGUGCCCAUUAAAACAAACCAGCACAUUUACCUUUAAUACAUCCGUUUCGUCCUUAGUUUUCGCACAUUCCUUCGUGUCUUUCCAUAGCUCUACCCGUUACAAUGGUUUUUGUACAAGACGCGCCUGGGUUUCCCCAUUUUCCAACAGGACCGCGUUUCCGAGCCAUAUGGAAUAUUUUAUUUAAAACGUCUUGUUAUUAAAUAUAGUUGAAUUUAUUUCACUGCCUGGUGAAGAGGUCUUUGAUUCAUCCUCGUCAUUAACUGAGCAGUUUGUCGCAAAAGUAAAUAGUCAACUUUACUGUCAAGUAGGUAUGGGGUUUCUUUGACUAACAUUUCUUGAAACCUUUUGCUCCGGCUCUUUGGUAAAAACCAUAUAAAUAGCGGUUUAACCGGCAUGACUCCGUUGAAGUCUCGGAUGCUGGUUGCGCUGUUGUAUAAAUCCUAAGGAUACUGGAGGGUACUGUGUCCAAGUAAUAAGAAUAAGAAGGUAGAGCGGCCGGUGGUGAGGAUGCCAGAAAAUAUAACGAUGAUUUUAGCGAUGGUGGCAAAUGGUGGUGCUAGUCUUCGUUCAGAUGUCAAUUCUGAAGGUACUGUUCAUACUUUCGAUGGAGUUUUGCGAUCGAUGAUACUGACGGUGAUGACGACGCUGUUAAUAUUGGUUAGAGCUAGGCACAUUUCAUUAUGAUGAAACUGGUAGGAUAUACAGCUUCUCACGCCUGUGUUCGUGGAGAUUCACCUUAUGGUACGAAUAAGUCAACACCUCGGCACUUUUUUUUAUUGACGGCAUAGGAGAAAGUGCUCUCUUUUAUAAUUCGCAGGGACUGUUUCAUGCAAUGUAGGUGUAAACUUUUGGAGGGAAACUUAAUAAAGUUCCAGGUUUGCUAAAGUCCCUUUUCUGAACACCUCCUCUGCAAAAGGGACCCACUUAUGCUUGGCGCUUGCUUUAUAGUCGUUUUCUGAGCUCUUUCCUUUUGGACUUUUAGGCAGCCCGAGCUUUCACAGCUUUGGGCUUACUUCAAAAGAACCUGAGAAAUCGCCUCCAGUAGCCUCUACGACCGAUUUUUGUUACACACCAAUGUGCGGAGAUUCGAUCCCUCAGCCGUGUAAACCACCGUCUGGUGAUAGCUUGCUCCCUAAAGGCACCUACAACCUCUCAUCGAUUGGCACAUCCAACCCCUUCAAGGGACACAGCAUCCCCAACGAGGCACCUAACCUGUCAUUUACACAGAACCCACCAUCGCUGUCACCCUCCUUGGCCCAAGUGAAGCCUGUAGUUCAGGCUCCACCCAUGAAUUACGGUCGGCCAAUGGAGCAAGCACCAGGCAUUGCGAUGCCGCCUACAAUUGCAGGACGCCUACCAGUGACCUAUCGGCCAAUUCAGGCAAUGAGCCCGCGGCCCAUGAAUAACUCAUGUCCGCCACCGCCACAACAACCACCCCAGAAACCUCAGCAGCAGUUACAGCCACAACAGCAAUUUCACACUCAGGGACCACUUAAUCCAAAUUUGCAGCAGGUACCCAUUAAGACGUUACCGGCCCGCAGGAUGGCCAAUCCGAACGCUCAGCCUCGACCCCAUCUCAGCGCUAUGUUCAGUAACGAAGGGCGGCAACAACAACAACAACCCCCACGACCGCCAAUGCAGCAACAGACCGAGGGAGCUCAGUCAUUACAGCCAGCGCCCAUGGUGGGCAUAGCACCACCGCCUGCCCUCCCAUCCGUUCCUAACAUAGGAACAACCGGGCCACAGUUCGGCCUUUAUCGCUUGCCUGCAAACAAAGGGGAGUAUGUUCAGCUAGAGAAGCGCUAUGACUGGCUGCAACAGGAGAAGUCCAGACUGGAAUCAGACCUCUCGAAGCUUCCUCUGAGGGGGAAAGUCCCAAAUAGAGGAAACGUUACGAUCGAAGAGGUUGGUUUGUCACAACCUACAUAUCCAACCAUUUUUUUAUCCUUAUCGCCUUUCAUUGCAAGAGAUAACAUUAUCGUAUUUUAGUACUAAUGUCUUAUGACUUUUAUUAUGCAGGAUCUGGUAGCCUGAAAUAGUCUGUAAUUUGAAUAGUCAUUUUACAUUUCCUAUGGAACUAAGGAAAAUCAGUAAACUUGUAACUACCCUUAGAAUAUGUCUGCAGUCAUCUUAUAUGUAGAGAGCCAAGAAACGUUUCUUCAAUCUGCAUGACAGUAAGGCACGGCGAAUGCUGUUAGCCAGCAGAUAACGAUCUGCCGCCGACCCACUGUAACAGCAUUUCUUUAAAGUUCUGAUACAUUCUGCACUGCUAUUUUACUCUAUUUCUUUGCACUCGGUUACUUAAGCCAGUACUGAAUCAUCUGAUACAGUGUUCGUAGUGCAUUACGCAAUUGCCUUCCCACCCCUAACCGUAGUUCCAAUUGUGUGAAAUGACAUCCAUCGCGUACAAUUUAAUGAAGUUCGAAUGUUGGUAUUUUGAAGUUCUCAAUGCCCCCUUUGCUUGUCCAACCUAACUAGGACACUUACAGUUGAUUGCGGUUCCACCAGCGCCAGAAACUCGACAUCUUAAGGCUCAUCCCCUGUUGCACGCCGGAAUCUCCCACAGUUAGGAGAAACAUGAAGUUUCCCCCGUAGCGCGAGGCGAAAUAUGCGACAUCCUGAUAUAAUGUAAUUCUGUGACCGAAGAACGCGCUAAACCAGUUAGUAAAGUCGCAAUUCUGACAGCCUGGGCACCGCUCUUAACGGUGCCAUAUAUAUGGCUAAUAUCUGAGACGAUUGAUAAUUACUUCUUCACUAGGAGCAGUCGUGCAUAAGACUCAUCGCUAAAGCUGGGUCACAAGGAGAAUUCACUUUCGGUUUUCGCUACGGUACACCUCUGUGCAAAGGAUGAAAUACUGUCCUGUCCAUAGAAGGCACCUAUUGACGGUUUCUGCUGAAUGCAAAAGCCCAGGUCUGAAACACUUCAGACGGCCCUUGGAUAAGGGACAUGAAGUCAGUUAGAUCGCCUACACUUUACUUCAACUCCACCAAGCCCCUACUUCAUUAGUCGAAUUGUAACGUCAAGAAAGUGACCGAGGAUCAAACUGCAUUAUUAUCACCCCGUCCAACAACUGCUCAUUGGCUGAUCGGAGAACCUAACAAUGGCUACCGCCCUUCACCUAGGUCUUUGUGGCUGCAGCCCCUUCAACAUUUUAAAGACUAGUGUCUCUCAACCAUGGAGAAUGGAUUGGAUGCGUCAAAGAUGGACAUCAUCAGAUUCACAUAAAUACAUAUUUAGCAUUGAUGGCUAAAGAGUGUGGGUACACAGCACUGCGUCUACGAAGAAUCUCAUUUCACAGCAGUACCAAAGAAAUAAGUUUAUUCACUCAUAUAGCAACCGUAUACGAUAAACAACCACUUCCCACAUUUGUCAAGAAGUAGUUUACACGGCGCCUUGUCCACUGAUCUGCGAACCACUGGGAUACCUGAAACUCAAAGGGAUGAACUAGACGCUCAUAUCUUGCCAAUUUAUAAAGUGCAGCAUGUGCUGACCUCGUCAGCAGUUUACCCCGGCCUUAUGCCGGAGGAUUUAAAAGUUGGUGAUGUCAAUUUACCGUUGACAAGUUUGUGCACUUUCUGUCCAUUUACGGGGUUAAAAAUCAAUAGUUUCAAGUUUUGAAACCCAUUCAGAUGUGAUUAAACAACAAAACUUUUCGUCUUACUUGCAGGACCGUCUAAAUCAAAACCUGAAACGCAUCGAUCGGGAGGUUUCUGCUCUUCGACUGAUUAUGAAAAAAUACCAAUCAAAUUUGGCUUCUCAAAGGACGGAGCUUUCAAAAACAAAAUUGCUUUGA